GUUCCACAAACCAGCAGUCAUCAGUAGCCAUCAUCAGAGUAUAGAGCAUAAUAUUACUGUGUGAAGCGAGUAGAGAGUCUCUGUGGUUUUUGAUAGCAGCAGUCAAGACGAGGAUUAGCAGUGAUAACGAAAAGCAUCAUUUUCAGUCAGAAAGUGGAACUUUUUCAUUCUAGAUUCGGUUCUACCGGUUGAGUUGGAAUGUUGCCGCACUAUUACCGUACGGAUUCUGUCCCGAGCUGGCACUGACGAUUUCCUAACAUUUGACCUGCAAGCAAUAUGAGGCACCGAUACCCACGAGGUCACUUCACUAACAGCAAAACCAUUUGUUACUCUUCAGCAAAUAAGCAAGACUGAUUUACGUUAACCAACACACACUAAGCAAUUUAGUAAAUUCAAUCCAGCUAUCCCAAGCGCUCCGAGCAAGCAAUCUACUUAAACCGGACUUCUAAUGUCCUACGCAAACGGUACCCAGCUCAAGUCAUCCUCCGCUACCACAGCGGGUAGUGGAGGGACAACCAAUGGCACCGGUGGCUCUGGACCACCUCGUCAUCCCCCGCCACCAGGACGUCCCCAAAACUACACCAUCUACAGUAAAGAUUCCGAUCGGCUACUCUGGGAAAUGCGAGCGAUCAAUCACCGAACGCCAAACACAACCCCUGCCAGUACCGUGCUCAAUUCACCGGAUCUUACAGAUCUGGACACGAAAAUGCGCUACCAGCACAGUACCCUGAUGCAGCACCAUCAGAUUAAGGUCGGUCGCAGCCCGGUUGGUUCCGGUGGAAACAAUGACAGCAACAACUCUACCAAUCCAUCAAGUCCGACACAGAUCGGCGGUCCUGGAGGAGCCGUGCUGUUGGGGGGACACCAAAGCGGUCGGCAGCAACAGUUCUCUUCGUUUUCUAUGCUGUCCGACGGAGAUAUUGUUGUGUUCGAUGAUAUCGAAUCGGGUGGUGGUUGGAGAAUGAGUAGCAGUCGGGAUAUUCUGGGGAGCUCUCCGGUUCCUUCCGAGAGUGAGGAAGGUUGCGGUGAUGGUGGUGGAAGAGAAGACGAAAAUGAGAAGAAAUACUACGACGUGGAUAGUACGAAGGUACAGCGCAUUAUCGGAGGGCUGACGAUUGCAGAGUAUGAAGGAUCGCCGCGGAGGUUCGGCCCCAUAGACCGGAAUGAUGUGAGUCCGCAUGGUGGUGCUGCAACAGGGAGGACAUCCGCGAUGCCGAAACCUGGAUUUCCUAAGCGUGUCAUCUCCCCGUGCCCAUCGGAAACGCCCCCGGAACAAUCCAGCGAGUCCCACCCGGAAUUGAUCAAUCUCAAUGAUGACAACGAGUACGGCGGCGAAGACCCCGCCAGCGGCCGGAACACUACCGACAGUAAGUUCAACCUAUCCUAUGCGGACUAUUUCGCCACUAACAAUGACCUGGACGAGGGAGACCGAGGUAACCAGACUCCGACCAACCUGCUACUAACCAGUACCGAUGCUGCCGAUGACAAUGAUGGUGGUGCGGUCGAUGACUACUUCUUCGCUUACGCUACUACAACUACUACUAACCGGAAUGCUCAAAGUAACGCCUACGUCGGUCAACGAUUGGCUACCAAACAGCGUCGGCGGGAGUGGGAAGCCGAUCCAUCCUCUCCGAGUCGUGACGACGAGAAUCAGGACGAUCAAGACCGGAACGCUACCAUUGGUGCUCAUCUUAGUAACAACUACCCGUACUAUCAAAAGUACAGUAACACUCAUUAUCGUUAUGGUGUCGCCAGCGUGCAACAAACCGAACUUCACAAUCAACAACGUUACUAUCAUUCUCAUCAAGGUCAUUAUCAAGGUUACGGGUCAGUCAGUGGUGGUGGUGGUGAUGGUAGGGGUGGGGAAGCACAGGACAUUGAACUGUACAUUGAGCCUGGCAGCGGUGUCGAGUCCGAAUUGGACCAACAACAUCAGCAGCAACAUCAACAUCCACUGGACGACAGCAAGUUAAGGAAUUUCACUCUUUCGCCGGAAACGACCGACUAUGACUCAAACUGUGGUGAUCUGGAUUCGGAGGUGUCUUUGCGAUACAUUGGCAAUGAAUACGGACUUUCGGGCGAUUUGAAUGGUCUGUCCGGUCACGUGGGAAGCGGAGGUAAUGGUGACUCGGGAACCGAUUACGGUCGUCUGUACAGCAGUAUGCCAAUCCUGGAGGAUGGACUGUCCAGUGGGCAUGCUUCCGAUACCGAGAACAAUCUACCUCCUCCCGGAUCGGGGAUAUCGAUCGUGAUGGACCAACAGUCAGUAAACGUUGGAGCCGACAGCGAACAGGAUACAGGUAACUUGCGCAUAUCUUCCAGCCAAUUGGUUGCGACGGACGUGGAUCAGUGUGACCAGGUCCAGGAGCUCGAUUCGUGUGACGAAGUGCAGGAAGCAAUCAAGGAUAUCAAAGCGGCACUACAAAAGACCAAAAUACUGCCUUCCAUCGAGGGAACCUCGGUGCUAGUUCCCGAUCAGGAGGGAACGAGUUCGAUUUCUCCCGUUUGGGUUCCGAGGUCCUACGAUAAAUCACGAGAAAGUUUAGACUCCGACCAACCAGCAAAGUUACUUAGUGCCGACGAAGAGGAAGCUGAUACCGAUCUGGAAACAGAUCGUCUACUAGGACAGCAGCGACUCGAUGAGCAUGGAUUCGUAGACGAAAAGCAGAGUUGGACCGAACGACCAAAGAUUCGCUCCGUCCGGUCACCCGCGGUACCACUGAUCAGCAAAAAUCAUACAGCAAUCCGAGCUGGUCUUGGGACGCAACUGUCGGCAGAAUCACCGGUGAACAACGUAGGCAUCACGAACCUGUACGGUAACGGUGGAUGUGUGAAACUGUCACCGUCCGACGGUGAUGAGCUGAAGCAGCUUGCGACGGUGAUCGCCGACAGCAGUCCGGAGCAUAAAAGUGAUCCCGAUAAAAAGAGCAAAUGCAAAACUAAAGAGGGUCUACUGGACCCAACAGUUCUGAUCGAGGGCGUCCUCUUCCGCGCACGCUACCUCGGUUCCACCCAGCUGGUCUGCGAAGGUCAACCGACGAAGUCGACACGCAUGAUGCAAGCGGAGGAAGCUGUCUCGAGGAUCAAGGCACCCGAGGGUGAAACGCAACCCAGCACGGAAGUGGAUCUGUUCAUCUCAACCGAAAAGAUCAUGGUGCUCAACACCGACCUGAAAGAGAUCAUGAUGGAUCACGCCCUGCGGACGAUCUCCUACAUCGCAGACAUUGGCGAUCUCGUUGUGCUGAUGGCUCGAAGACGCUUCGUACCGCAAGACACCGGUGAUCCCGGAGGUGAUCCGGCUGCUCCACUGACAACUGGCCAGCAGCAGGUCACGAUCAAUAGUAGUAGUAAUAGUAAUGCAGACGCAGGUGGUGGUGGUGGUGGUGGUGGUGGUAGUAGUCCACCACCGAAGAAACCUAUUUCGCGAGGUAACCGGACGCCGAAGAUGAUCUGCCACGUGUUCGAAAGUGACGAGGCUCAGUUUAUCGCGCAAUCCAUCGGACAGGCAUUCCAGGUGGCCUACAUGGAGUUCCUGAAGGCGAAUGGAAUUGAGGAUCACAGUUUCAUGAAGGAAAUGGACUACCAGGAGGUGCUCAAUAGUCAGGAGAUUUUUGGAGAUGAGCUGGAGAUUUUCGCAAAGAAAGAACUCCAGAAAGAGGUUGUAGUGCCGAAGGCGAAGGGUGAGAUUCUAGGGGUUGUGAUCGUGGAAUCCGGUUGGGGAUCGAUGCUACCGACGGUUGUGAUUGCCAAUUUGGCUUCGACUGGAGCGGCUGCCCGGUGCGGGCAGCUGAAUAUCGGCGAUCAGAUCAUAGCGAUCAAUGGACUGAGCUUGGUGGGGUUACCGCUGUCGACCUGCCAGGGUUACAUCAAGAAUACCAAAACACAGACGGCGGUUAAGUUCACGGUGGUACCUUGCGCUCCGGUGGUAGAAGUGAGGAUCAAGCGACCUAACACGAAGUACCAACUCGGGUUUAGCGUGCAGAAUGGAGUGAUCUGCAGUUUACUGCGUGGUGGGAUCGCAGAACGAGGAGGUGUUCGGGUUGGCCAUCGAAUAAUCGAGAUAAACAGUCAGAGUGUGGUGGCGGUACCUCAUGAGAAGAUCGUCAAUCUACUUGCGACUUCGGUAGGCGAGAUCCACAUGAAAACCAUGCCUACUUCGAUGUUCCGCCUGCUGACCGGACAGGAGAAUCCAAUCUACAUCUAAGUGGACGAAUGUGAUACGAAGAAAACGUACGGAAUACAAAACGCACGAUUCGGGAAGAAUUGCAAGCAAAGAGGCAACAAACGCGUAAUCAUUCUUCGCCGGAUAACUUGUAAGGGUAAGCAAAAACGCUUUUAUGUUGAUACAAUAAUUUUUUGAGGAUUAGCCAAGAGAUUCGAGAAGAGGUUAGGAUUGUUACGUAUCAUAGAUUAACUAUUGUAGAGAAAAGUUACAAAACGUUUCGAGCAUUGUACCGAGUGGAUUUCAAAAGCUCUCCUUGACGAGAACAGAUUUCAGAACGCUCGGUUGAUUUAGCUCCUCAGCUUGAACCCAUCGCUUUCCGGGGGCCUAUAAAAACAGAACAAAAAACACUUUCAUAGAAAACCUUUCUUCCAGAACAUAUACAUACAUAAACACAGUUCUAUACUUUUUCUGUACGCGACCAAACUAAAAUACUCUUUAAAAAUAAAACUGCCCAAAUGUACUAAAUAAUCUAACAACACAUAAAAAAUCAGGAUCAAAUCGAACAAAAUCCAGAGCAGCUCAGAUUUAUCCAACGGAAAACGAAAGAAAGCAUAAACUUGAAACUCAUGGCAUUUUUUUUUACUUUAUUUUUAUUAACGUGACUUUAAAAGUGUUUUUUUUCAUUCGUCACGCUAAACUCAUGGCAUGAGAGGACAAAAAGUAGAAAACAAUCGAGAACAAUAUGUAAACAAAUAAAGUAUUUAUUCUUAGCAAUAUAUAAAAAAUACGUAUUCAUAGUAACACGUCGAAAUGCAAAAAGAGAGUUCAGCUUGCGCUUCACUGCUACAACGCGCUGGUAAGCGUACUUAUUUAUACGUGAGUGUGUCCAGUUAUAUAGUCACGAACUGGGGGCAACAACUCACGAAUAUACACAAACUCACGCACGUUGGUGAGCAGCAGCAGCAGCAGCGCGUAGCGACAGGUCUUUACUUACUACUCAAGCAAAUGCGAAACAAAGCGAAUAAACAAAAAAAAAACAAACCAAGUCAAGCAAGGCGCAAUGCAAUUCGUCACGAACAGAAUCAGAAUACUGUAUGUUAUACACAAGAAACCCAAUGAUUGAAAAUAUUUAAUGUGAUAAUAAGCAAGUAAUCAUCCCAAAACAAUCAGCAGCAAGGAAAAACAAGGUUGUUGAGCAUGUUUAGUAUUGCUGAGGAGGCGCUAAUAAAUAGAAAAACGUAUGAAAUUAA